CAAGUUUCGGUUAACCAACGACGAACGCCCUAAACCAGAGAGCCCUCUCCCUCUCUCUCUCUCUCUCUCUCUCUUCUCUCUCUCUCUCUCUCAUUUAUAGCCAUCGCAAGUUCUGCCUCUAGAUACGCAGACUGCGGGAAGUUAACGUUUUAGGAUAAUGGUCUCAUCGAAUAUCAGGGACCUCUUGACUGCAUUUAGUCCUUCAUUGGACUACUUCGCUAUCAGUUCUGGAGAUGGUCGCAUAAAGAUAUGGGACACGGUGAAGGGCCAGGUGCAAACUGAGUUUGCAGACAUAACAUCAGAUGAUGCAAAUUUGUAUGCUAGACCUGAACGAGGUCACCUUUCAGUUGAUUAUACAUGCAUGAAGUGGUUGUCCCUAGACAGAAAGAAAAAAAGGAAGCUAGGAAGUUCAUUGCUGGUAUUAGGAACAGGCAGUGGUGAUGUUUUGGCACUCGAUGUGUCUGCUGGUCAAUUGAAGUGGACACUCAGUGAUUGCCAUCCUGGGGGUGUUAGUGCUAUUUCAUUUUCAACGCAAGAUUCAUGCAUUUACACUGCAGGUGCUGAUGGAAUGUUUUGCAAAAUUGAUCCACAAACAGGAAAUAUGUUGGGAAAAUUUAGAGCUUCUACGAAGGCAAUAUCCUCUAUAUCUGUUUCACCAGAUGGGAAUAUAUUAGCAACUGCAGCUGCACAAUUGACAGUUUUCAAUUGUUCUGAUCACAAAAAGAUACAGAAAUUUUCUGGUCAUCCUGGAGCUGUUCGUGCUAUGAUCUUUACUGAAGAUGGGAAAUACAUUCUUUCAUCUGCUAUUGGUGAAAGAUACAUUGCAUUAUGGAGAACAGAUGGUGGAAAAAAGCAAUCAGCAAGCUGUGUCCUAGCAAUGGAACACCCUGCUGUAUUCCUUGAUAGCUGGCGCCUUGAAAAUGAGGGAGUUGAUGCAGGCUUAUGCAUUUUGGCUAUUUCAGAAACUGGUGUUUGUUAUACAUGGUAUGGACAAAGUAUUGAGGAAUUACGUAAUGCCAAGCCCACAAAAGUUGCAAUAUCUAAUGAAGAAUCUUUUUCCAAAAUUCACAAGGGUGCCUUACCUACAAUAUUUGCUGCAAAAUUACAAGGCAUUACAAAACCUAUGGCUGCACAGGUGUUUAUUGCCUAUGGUUUACUUGUUAAACCUUUGUUUCAGAAAAUAGUAGUGCAUUCUGGCACAGACAUAAAGCUGAAUAGCUCCCAGGAUGGAGUUCUUUUACCAAUGAGUCAGUCUCUCAUCAAAUCUAAGAAAGGGGCUGAUAUACAGAAUGGAGUUACUGCACUAGACCGUGCCAAUGUGGAGGAUGCCUUGCUUCCUAUUCCAAAAGUUUCUGAUUUUCAUGGCAAAAGGAUGAUGGAUAAAGCUUUAAUUAAUGACUCUGAUGAGGUCAUGGUGGAUUUGAUUGAUGGUAGGAGUCAACCUGAACUUGUGGAGAAUAAAGAUGGCACUGUAGAAGCUGACACUGUAAUGACUUCCAUGGAGAAGCAUUUGAGAUCAUUAGAAAUAUUUGGCAGUAAAGAUGAUGGUAUGAUUAGAUCUACUCCUGUUUCUGCCAAAUUUGUGGGUAUUGAUGUUGAAGCUAAUAUUCCACAAAAGAAGAUGAGGGCAGCUGUCUUAUCUCUGGAACCUAACAAUGCAUACAAGUUACUGGAAGUCUUGUUGGCCAAAUGGGAAUCCAGGUCAUGUAGUGGAAAGUAUGUUCUGCCAUGGAUAUACUGUAUAUUGGUCAAUCACGGCCAUUAUAUCAUGGCUCAAGAAAAACCAGAUGCUCAGAUGCUUAAUUCACUAUUAAAGAUCACCAAGUCUAGAGGGGUGGCUGUUCAACCUUUACUACAAUUAUCAGGUCGUUUACAGCUGGUAACUGCACAGAUUGACAAGGCUGCCAUGAACAAAGCUUAUGUCUCACUGCAUAAUGACCAAAUGGAUGAUGAUGACGAUGACAACAAUGAUGAAGAUAUUGAUGAACGUCUUUAUGGGGAAGAAAAUGAUGAAUCCCAAUUGAGUAGCGAUGAUUAUAACUAAAUGCAAUCUCCAUAGCAGUUUGGGGAUCAGUUUUCCAGUGGUAUAUUGUGGGAAAGCUUCAUUUGGUGCGGAUUUUCAUGAAUUGGCAUCCAACUGUGCAUAGAUUCGUUGGUGCAUAACUGGAAGCAUAAUUUCAACCCCUCUACUUUACAGGCGUUUUUGUUCUCUAUCAUGUCUGGCCUGUAUUCUUUGUCCAAUUGCAAAGACUUUGGGUUAUAUUUGUCUUGUAAAAUGGCAAUCAAUUUUGUAAUCUGUCUAGAGCCGUUUUCCUAGCGCUGCCAUAAAAGCAUAAAGUUUGGAAACCGAUUAUAUGAGACACUUCUUAACGAGCUGAAAUAACUUUGUCUUA